AUGGAGGCCGAGCGCCCUCCGGCGUCCGGCCCGGGCUGCGGGCGUCCCCCACUCCGCACCGCCGGCCGGGACCCCGCGACCGCGCCCGUGUCGGUACCCGCGCCGCCGCAGGUACCGGGCGGCCCUGCUGUGGAGUUCGCGCUGCCCCAGGAGCCGGAGCCGCGAGCCGCGGACCUCGGAGCCCCAGGGGCGGGGGCGGCGGGGCCCCCGACACCGUCAGCGCACAUCCCAGUGCCAGCGCAUAGAAGCCCCCCAGGAAAAGCCCGACUGGAUGAAGUCAUGGCUGCCACAGCCCUCACAAGCCUGUCCACCAGCCCCCUCCUGUUGGGGGCCCCAGGUGUGACCUUCAGCACAGAACCGUGCCUGGAGCCCUGGAGGGAAGCCCCGGUGCAGCCACCGGGCUGCGGCGGGGGCUGGGACCCUGCCAGUGACCAGUCUUCUCCGUCUACACCGUCCCCACCACUGCCCCCUGAGGCAGCCCACUUCCUGUUCGGGGAGUCCACGCUGAGGAAGAGGAAGAGCUCGCUGCAGGGGCUGUUCCAGUGCCUGUGGAAGCGCUGCGGGAAGGUGCUGAGCUCCGCGUCGGGGAUGCAGAGACACAUCCGCCUGGUGCACCUGGGGCGGCAGGCUGAACUGGAGCAGAGUGAUGGCGAGGAGGACUUCUACUACACGGAGCUGGAUAGCGGCCUGGACUUGCUGACCGAUGGGCUGUCUGGCCUGACCCCAGGGUCCCCCACGGCCUCGGUGCCACCCGCCUUUCCCCGCCUGGAGCCACCGGAGCCCCUCGCCCUGCCCAGCCUUCUGCGCCUGCCUGCCCUGCCCCCACCCUCGGUGCUAAGCACCACAUCCCCCUCCCAGGUGUGCCCCAGUGACCAUGCCCACCAGGGCUGCCUGGCACCCGUCCGCCUGGAGCCACAGCCCACUCCUGUCAGGGCCUGUGCACCAGCCCUGCUCGCCAAACCCAGUGCCAACCCGAGGAAGCCCAGGGGUGAUGCCAAGAAGUGCCGGAAAGUGUACGGCAUGGACCACCGGGACCUGUGGUGCACGGCCUGCCGCUGGAAGAAGGCCUGCCAGCGUUUCCUGGACUGA